AGCAUUUGGUAAGAGGAUUGUUGAUUCACGAUAAGCGAAUCCUGCGGUGAAGAAGCGGCUGAACACCGAAGGAGUAGGGCAGAGAGAGCAGGGAAUCUCGCCUCGAAAGCCUCUCAAGUACCACGAUGUUCGGAUUCGCCAAUUAGACUGCUGUAGAGCGGCAGCCUCUUCUUUCGCACCGCACCAAACCCCCCGUCACAUCGCUCUACCGCGAAUCUGUGGGAAAGAAGAGAGCGAAGCGAUUGACUUUGAAGUCAACGAAGAGGAGCCGAGCUGAACGGAGGUCCAUCAGGCAUAUAUUAGUAAAUUGAUAUUUUUUUAGCCAGUAAUAUCGAUGGCAAUUAUACCUUGUGGAAGUACUUGGGUUGCUCAAUGGGGUAUUCACCCUCAGUGUACACUAAGGUACUACAUGGCAAACAGGACACUGACAUCCCGGUAUUGUACUAUGAACAAGAUAAACUAUUUAUCAGCACCCAGUUCAAGCUUAUUUUCUCGGGAUUCCUUCCAUUUGCUGUCAUAUCCAUGUGCAUCUCAAACUUCACAUACUCGUAGGGGAGGACGUUUCACAGUUAGAGCAGAGGCAGAUUUCUAUUCUGUUCUUGGGGUGUCAAGAAAUUCCAGUAAACCUGAAAUUAAAAGCGCCUAUCGGAAGCUUGCUAGGAGUUAUCAUCCAGAUGUGAACAAAGAACCUGGGGCAGAACAGAAAUUCAAGGAAAUCAGUAAUGCAUAUGAGGUUCUGUCAGAUGAUGAGAAACGAUCACUAUAUGACAAAUAUGGGGAGGCUGGACUUAAAGGUGCUGGUAUGGGCAUGGGGGAUUUCAGCAAUCCUUUCGAUCUCUUUGAGUCACUAUUUGAAGGCAUGGGUGGUAUGGGUGGCAUGGGAGGCAGAGCUUCUAGGAAUAGAGCGGUUGAUGGUCAGGAUGAAUAUUACAGUCUUGUCUUAAACUUUAAGGAUGCAGUUUUUGGGGUUGAAAAGGAGAUUGAGAUAAGCCGACUUGAGAGUUGUGGGACUUGCAAUGGUUCAGGUGCUAAACCAGGGACCACGCCAUCCAAAUGUAGCACAUGUGGUGGGCAAGGCCAGGUUAUUUCAUCAGCAAGAACCCCCUUAGGUGUCUUCCAGCAGGUGAUGACCUGCUCUUCUUGUGGUGGGACUGGGGAAACGUCUACCCCUUGCAACACAUGUUCUGGGGAUGGUCGGGUAAGAAGAUCAAAGCGGAUCAGCCUUAAAGUUCCAGCUGGUGUGGACUCUGGUAGCCGUUUAAGGGUCAGAAAUGAAGGUAAUGCUGGAAGAAGAGGUGGGUCUCCUGGUGAUCUCUUUGUCAUUAUUGAAGUUAUGCCGGACCCUGUCCUAAAACGUGAUGACACCAACAUUCUCUACACCUGCAAGGUGUCCUACAUUGACGCGAUCUUGGGGACUACAAUCAAGGUUCCAACAGUGGACGGAAUGGUUGAUUUGAAGAUCCCAUCUGGGACGCAACCAAGCACAACACUUGUAAUGGCCAAGAAAGGUGUCCCUUUCUUGAAUAAAAGCAACAAGAGGGGUGAUCAGUUGGUUCGUGUCCAGGUUGAAAUCCCGAAGAGAUUGAAUGCUGAAGAAAGAAAGCUCAUCGAGGAACUCGCUGAUCUAAGCAAGGGCAAGACUGCAAACAGUAGGAGAUAAUUGUCUGUGUCAUCAUUUUGUAUCCAUCAAUUUAUGGCUGAUCCCUCAAGUUAUAUUCUCCCUUUGUGGGUGCAACUUUGUUCGAACCUUUGAUGCACAUCGAGGGAAAUCAGCAGCUCUCAAUCUGUUGAACUCUGGGAAGGACGAGCAGCAGCUGUUUUGUAGUCUUAGGUAAAGUAUAUUGUGAUAAAUUUUCCCCACCCCACGCAAGGUAUCUCUAAUGACGGGAGGUAGAAGAGGUGAAAAUUGAGGAUCCAUCUUACUUUCAUCGUCUGUAUUCAAACCCAGAACUUCAUUCUUUGGGCCCAAAAAAAUUGAGCUACAAUGCAUUUUUUCCAUUUAUUUAAUUUUUUUUAGGGUUUCUGAUGAAUCAAACGCAUAAAUACAUAAUUGUAUCAAAUUAUAUAA